UCGAUCUUUCUCUUCCUUCUUCUAAACCCACAAAAUCACAGUAGCAGCAGCUGUAGGUUGUAGCCAUGUACAGAUCAAAAGCAAUACUGUCUACUCUUCGAAAUGCUUACUCACAGAUCUCGACUCGGUCGUACCUAAGCCGAGCUCAGGUGGGUUUUUCCUCAAACUCGUCUUCGCCUUUCGAUUCAUUUGUAAUCCCUGGUCGAUUUCAGUGGAAAUAUCGCACCUUUGCUUCGAACCCAGAUUCUAUGCUUCAGUUAGUACUUGAGAAUGAUUGGUCUAAGGAAGUAGAGGAAGGAUUGAGGAAACCGGAUAUGUCUUUAACCCACGAGACUGCAAUUUAUGUUUUGAGGAAAUUGGAGAAGAACCCAGAUAAAGCUUAUUGCUUUAUUGAUUGGGUUUUGAGAGAUUCAGGGCUUAGUCCAAGUACUCCACUUUAUAGCAUUAUGUUAAGGAUUUUAGCGCAGCAGAGAUCUAUGAAGCGGUUUUGGAAGAUUCUGAGUGAGAUGAAACAAGGAGGGUUUUAUUUAGAUGACGAUACGUAUACGACUGUUUAUGGUGAGCUUAAGAAGUCGGAAUCGAAAGCGGACGCUGUGGCUGUUGCUCAUUUCUAUGAGAGAAUGCUUAAGGAUAACGAAAUGUAUGUUGUUGCAAGGAAUGUUUCUGCUGCUGUUUUGAAGGUGGAUUGGAGUUGUGAGGUUGAGAAGGAAUUGCAGGAGAUGAAACUUGUUUUGUCGGAUAAUUUUGUCAUCAGGGUGUUGAAGGAACUAAGGGAUCAUCCCUUGAAAGCUUUGGCAUUUUUCAAUUGGGUCGGUGGUAGUUCUUCUGGUUAUCAACACAGUACCGUUACAUAUAAUGCGGCCUUGAGAGUUUUGACUAGGCCUAAUUCAGUUGCUGAGUUUUGGAAUGUUGUUGAUGAAAUGAAGAUCGCAGGGUACGAGAUGGAUCUUGACACUUAUAUAAGGGUUUCAAGACAGUUUCAGAAAUCUAGAAUGAUGACCGAGGCAGUUAAGCUUUAUGAGUAUAUGAUGGAUGGUCCGUUCAAGCCAUUAGUUCACGAUUGCAGUACUCUGUUGAGGUCUUUAUCGGCUGGUCCCAACCCAGAUUUGGAUUUGGUGUUUCGGGUUUCAAGGAAAUUUGAAUCAAGUGGGAAUUCUCUCUCAAAGGCUGUUUAUGAUGGAAUCCACAGGUCUUUAACCAGUGUAGGUAGGUUUGACGAAGCUGAGGAAAUUAUAAAAGCUAUGAGAAAUGCAAGUUAUGAGCCGGAUAACAUCACGUACAGCCAACUCGUAUUUGGGCUUUGUAAAGCUAAGAGAUUAGAAGAAGCACGCGGAGUUCUAGAUCAAAUGGAAGCACAAGGAUGCUCUCCGGACAUAAAAACUUGGACUAUUCUGAUCCAAGGGCACUGCAAAAACAAUGAAUUAGAUAAGGCAUUCGCGUGUUUUGCAAAUAUGCUAGAGAAAGGGUUUGAUGUUGACUCUGAUCUGCUAGAAGUCUUGAUUGGUGGAUUUCUUAGCCAAAACAGGAUAGAGGGGGCGUAUAAAUUUCUUAUGGAGAUGGUGAGAAAUGCUAAUGUUAGACCUUGGCAAAGCACUUACAAGAUUCUUAUAGACAAGCUGCUAGAAAUCAAGAAGGGCGAAGAAGCGCUAGAUCUUCUUCAGAUGAUGAAGAAGCAAAAUUACCCUGCAUAUGCAGAACCUUUUGAUGGAUACCUUGCAAAGUUUGGGACUUUGGAAGACGCUAAAAAGUUCUUGGAUGUGCUAAGCUCCAAGGAUUCUCCUACUUUUGCAGCUUACUUUCAUGUCAUUGAAGCUUUCUAUCGAGAAGGAAGACUUACCGAUGCAAAAAAUCUUCUCUUCAUAUGUCCCCAUCACUUUAAAACGCACCCUAAAAUCUCUGAACUCUUCGGCGCUGCAGCUUGAGAUAUUAUGUCACACAAUUGUUUCUGCAGAGAUAUGGUUAUCGCAUUCAACAACCAGAAUAUUACCAAAAGGUCUUCUACUGUUUACAAGUCUUUCCAUUCGGCUUCUCUGGACUCUGGUUCUGGAGUAAAACUUCUAACAUUGUCUUCUCACAUAAUGGCCAUUCCUCUGUUCUACGUGCUGCAGGGUUAUGAAGAAACAGUCUAUAGUUGAUAAAAUUGAAGGAUGUUGUGGGAUUGUUCAUAAACAGUUUGCAUUUAUUUAUUUAUUUUGAAAUUGUUGAGCUCCUCUCUCACUUUUUUUGUUGUUUUUUUUUAACUCAGUAUUAAAUGAAAUUUUCAUCACAGAAUGCAGUUAUGGGUUGAAGUCUUGGUUACGUCCUGGUAAAUGCAUUAUUUUUGUUUUUUUUUUU